AUGAGUACUGAUAAAGACAACAUGAACAGCGAUAAAACUGAUUCUGGAGUUAGCACGCUUUCUUCUUUAAAGCAACAACGAACAACAAUGAAACGAAAUAUUACGCAAAUGAAAACCAAAAUCGAAAAAGAUGGAAGUACAUCAGAUUACACCAUUCUUGAAUGCCGACUGCAAAUUCUCGAAUCCUAUUUCAAGCAAAUAAGUCACAUUCAAGCACAAAUUGAAAAACUGGAUGAAUCUGAUACCAAUCGAUCGGAUAUUGAAGAACUUUUUAUAUCUGCCAAGGCUCCUUUGGUAAGUUUUAUGAAUAAUAAACGUGGUUCUUGUGAUAUCGAACAAAGUUUUUUGAAUGCAACUCAACCAUUGAUUUCGCAUCAUAAUCGAUUGCCUCAAAUCAAGUUACCCAAAUUCGAUGGAAAAUAUGCGGAGUUUUCAAGAUUUAUAAGUACUUUCAACACAUUAGUUCACAACGAAUCAAGCAUUGCUACUAUAGACAAAUUCAACUACCUACUUAACUGCUUAUCUGGUCAAGCAUUGGCGGUUAUUGAACCGUUUCAAGUCGUUGAGUCAAACUACCAAAAAGCUGUAGAUAGCUUAGUAGAACGAUACGAUAUCAUCAAUUCAUUGUUUUCGAUAACUCCUAUGACCAAACCAAGCGCUAGUUCGCUACGCUCAAUUCUUGAUAAUGUUUCAGCCCUUCGCAGUUCGUUGCUCUCUUUGGGUUCUGAGUUAGAUGUAAUGAAUGCCAUUAUCAUACAUAUUGUUUUGUCCAAGAUUGAUGGAGAGUCCAAAAAAGUUUAUGAUGAAAAACAGGAUUUUAAAUCUCUACCAUCAUGGCAACAGUGUUUCUCAAUUCUAACUCAUCGUUGUCAAUAUUUGGAAAGCCGAAAUGCGGAAGUGGACUCAUUUCAACCUCAUGACAAUAAAUCAAGGCAAAUUCCCAAACGUACAGGGUCGUCGUUCGUUGUUUCAACUACAUUUUGUGAAUACUGCCAGUCUAAAGAUCAUUAUAUAGGAAGCUGUUCUACCUAUUUGUCGCUACCGAUUGCUCGUCGUUUCGAUGCUGUUAAGUCCAUAAAACUUUGUAUAAAUUGCCUUAGGAAAGGCCAUUUCAUUUCUCAAUGCCCAUCUAAAUCCCGUUGUCGCACUUGUCGGAUAUCGCACCACACAACUUUACACAAUCCAGAUUUUCAAUCAACAACUAAUUCAAACACUUCUUCAAAUCAAAACCAAUCUAAUUCAAACUCGCAGCUUCAGCAUAACUCCACUUCAAAUUCAUCAUCUCAGCAACCACAUUAUUCGUCUUUUCGACCAUCAUCGUCUUUGUCGCACCAAUCAGUGUUACCAACACAAGCCAAUCCAGCCUCUACUCAUCUUACAAAAUUUUCGUCAUUUCUUACAACUUCGUGCCGUAUAAAUUUGCUUCCAACAGCUAUUGUUUUCGUUAAAGACUCAUUCGGCAGUCUACAACCUCUUCGUGCCCUCGUGGACUCCUGUUCAGAAGUCAACCUUAUAACUCAAGAAUCUGUAAAUCGUCUUCGUCUAAAGCAAACUAAAUCGACUCAAGAAAUUUCUGGCGUAUCGGAUAUCCGUACCCAAUUAAAAUCUAUAGUUACAGCUACAAUUAGAUCAAGAGUCUCCGAUUUUGAGUGGACAACAUGUUUUCUGGUAACAAAAUCGAUUUCAUCUCAACACCCAGCAGAAAAAAUAAAUACAACAAAUUGGAACAUCCCCAAUGGCCUGGAAUUAGCAGACCCACAAUUCCACAUACCUCAGCGUAUUGACAUGUUAUUUAGCUCUGAGAUUUUUUUUGAGUUGCUCCUCGAUGGCAAAAUUUCACUCGGAGCUGGACUACCUAAUCUCAUAAACACAUCCCUUGGGUGGAUCAUUGGUGGCAGCGUAGAUUCUCAACGUUCAGAACGUGCGUUAUCAUGUAAUGUAAUUACAAAAGGUGAGGAUCUGAACUCAUUACUAAAAGCUUUUUGGGAAAUUGAAGAAUUCAAUCAACGUUCACCUGUCCUCACAGAAGAAGAACAACAGUGUGAAGACCACUUCGUUAAGAACACUAAAUUUGAUGCUGAUGGAAAAGUUCAGGUAUGUUUACCAUUUAAACCUUGUAUUAAACAGCUGGGUAGUUCAUUUGAAAUAGCCCGUAAACGACUUUUAUAUUUAGAAAAACGAAUCUCAAAGGACGAAAAUUUACGACAAAUGUAUAUUGAUUUCAUGGAUGAGUACAUACGACUUGGUCAUAUGUCACCCGUUAGCUUUAGUUGUCUAAAUUCUUCGCAUUACGUUAUACCUCACCAUCCUGUAUUACGCCCUCAGAGCACGACAACAAAGCUACGAGUAGUCUUUGAUGCCUCAUGUCGCACAUCUACCAAUAUUUCAUUGAAUGAGGCUCUAAUGGUUGGUCCAACAAUCCAACAGGAACUCAUAAUAACAAUCUUAUCGUUUCGGUUAAAUAAACUAGCUCUAUCAGCUGACAUUUGUAAAAUGUAUAGACAAUUUUUAAUAGACGAAAGAGAUCGUAACUUCCAGUUGAUCUUAUGGAGAAAAAAUGUACAUGAUCCAAUCUUGUUAUAUCAGCUAAACACCGUGACCUAUGGUACGUCAGCUGCUCCUUUUCUUGCAGUUCGAAGUCUGUUUUUCAUAGCUGAUUUUUACAAAAAUCAUUUUUCUGUUGGUUCUAAAACCCUCAAGCAGGAUCUAUACGUCGAUGAUCUGCUCACGGGGGCAGACAAUUUUUCGGAUCUUUCACGCAAAAAAUGUGAAAUCGUAGAAAUUUUACAAAAAGCUGGUCUACAAUUGUCGAAAUGGAACUCAAAUUGUCCAAAUAUCGCCUCUUGCAUCGGAGAAAGGCAUUUAAAAACAAAUGAAGAAUAUAUUACCAAGGCACUUGGUACUUCAUGGAGGCCCAAUGAUGACGUUUUUUGUUUUCGUUUUAAUAUGUCAGUUAUCGAAGUUCCAACAAAAAGAUCGGUUUUGUCAGCAGUAGCGAAAAUUUUUGAUAUUCUUGGCUUUCUAAGUCCUAUCGUAAUCAGUUGCAAGAUUUUAAUUCAAGAAAUGUGGAAGCAAAACUUAGACUGGGACGCACCACUUAACACACAUUUAUCAAAUCGUUGGAAACAAAUUGAGCAAGGUCUUCCAUACAUCAAUAAAAUCGAAAUACCAAGAUUUGUAGGCACGUCUCCACAAAUAAAGUUUGAUAUCCAUGGCUUCGCUGAUGCCUCUCAACUGGCAUAUGGUUGUUGUAUCUAUAUACGAGUAGCUCAUGCUAACGAUUUUAAAUCAAUUUUACUCAUAGCCAAAUCAAGGGUAGCACCAGUUAUUCACCAAUCCUUGCCCCGUUUAGAACUUUGCGCCGCCUUAUUGCUCAGUAAAACCUGGGAUAAAAUCAAGUCUAAAUUUAAUCGCUUCACUUAUCGUAUUUUCUUUUGGUCAGACUCGAAAAUAGUCCUAAGUUGGCUUUCCAAUCAUUCGUCGUCUUACGUUUGUUUUGUUGCAAAUCGAGUAUCGGAAAUACAGAAUUUGACACAUAAUAUUAAAUGGAAGUAUGUGCCUUCAAAACAAAACCCGGCAGAUAUAGUCUCUAGAGGCUGCCUUGCAAAUGAUCUUAUUGAUACAAUUUGGUUUACUGGUCCAAAAUUUCUUUCAGAACCUGAAACAAAUUGGCCAAAGGGCAAUACUGAAAAGGUAGAAUUACCGCAAAAUGAAAUAAGGAAAACUGUCUUCAAAACUACUGUCGUCGUCGAAUCAAUUAUUGAUAAUUUAAUUUCUCGCCACUCAUCGUAUCUUCGUCUUCUUCGUAUCAUUAUCUACAUUCAUCGUGUUUUUGACAAACAAAAGAGAAACUCCUUUGUAACCUCAGAAGAGCUACAAUCAGCAUUUUAUAGAAUCAUUUACAAUAUUCAACAAUUAACAUUUAAAGAGGAAAUUACUUCGCUCAACAAUGGAGAAAGCUUGAAACCCUGUUUUCAAAAGCUGGCCCCAUUUCUAGACAAAUUACAGUGCUGCAACUCAACUUUAGUCAUUCUUCGAGUAGGAGGUCGGCUAGCAAAUGCACCAUUGUCGUAUGAAACAAAAUUCCCUGCGCUUUUACCAAAGGAUCAUCGAUUUACAAACAUUUACAUUGAAUAUCUUCAUCGAAAACACCUACAUGCUGGACCAAAGGCAUUAAUAGGAAUUCUUCGUCAGCAAGUUUGGGUAAUAAACGCCAGAGAAGUCGUAAGAAAAGUGGUUCGAAAUUGUGUCCACUGUUUCAAAUACAAUCCUAGAUUAUUGCAACAGUUAAUGGGUAAUCUUCCUGCGGAUCGUUUUAAGGCACAAAGACCAUUUCUCGUCUCGGGUGUAGACUUUUGUGGUCCAUUCUACACCUCUUAUCGCAUUAGAGGAAAAGCUCCAUAUAAAACUUAUGUCGCUAUUUUUGUUUGCUUCUCUUCUAAAGCCAUUCAUGUUGAAUUAGUUUCGGACCUUUCAACUAAUACAUUUCUUUUAUGUCUCAAAAGGUUUAUCGGUCGACGUGGUAUCCCCCAGAGGCUGUAUUGUGACAACGCAACAAACUUUGUUGGUGCCAGCUCUAAACUUCAAGAUUUAAAACAACGCUUUUUCGAUGAUUCUAAUAUCAAGGAACUAAUGCACUACAGUACAAUCACAGGAUUUAAAUUUUCGUUCAUUCCUCCUCGUUCUCCCCACUUUGGUGGCCUGUGGGAGUCCGCCGUCAAAUCGACAAAAACAAUACUCGUCAAGAACAUGUCUCAAGCCAACUUAACAUACGAGGAAUUCCAAACGAUCCUUGUCGAAGUAGAAGCCAUUUUAAAUUCUCGGCCAUUGGUACCGAGAUCUGAUGAUCCAAAUGACGGUGAAGCACUAACACCUGCCCACAUGUUAAUUGGCUCUUCUUUGAUGGCGCUACCUGACGAAAAUCUAGACGGUUACAAAAAUAUAAACUACCUAAAGCGAUGGCAACUAGUUACGUAUCUCAAACAGCAGUUUUGGAUACUAUGGGUUCGUGACUACGUAUUAAAUUUGCAACAAAGAAAUUUUAUUCAUCGAAUUGCUAAAUUUAAUGAUCGUGCAACGAAUCAAAGUGGUAGAAUUUUACUUUUCCAAUAG